AUGACCUCCGACAAAAACGACAGCUUCGACCAGCCCCCCACCGGCGAGCCCAUCGACCCCCGCCAGCUCGAUUGGGACGGACCGCUCGACCCAGACAACCCACACAAUUGGCCCACCUGGCGCAAAUGGUUCACUACCAUGUCUGCAGCUCUGCUGUGUCUGGUCGUCACAAUGGGCUCCUCGCUGUACGUCAACGGUGUUCCGCGUAUGGUGUAUGAAUACGGCUACAGCCAAACGCUGGCGUUGGCAGGGCUCACGUUCUACCUACUCGGGCUGUCCACCGUGGUCGGUGCACCUCUGUCCGAGGUUUUUGGCCGUAAGAUCAUCUACAUCACCUCGCUGCCGCUGUCAAUGCUCUUCACAAUGGGCGUAGCGCUGUCGGGCGGCAAAAUGCGCGUAGUGUUGCCCGUGCGCUUUUUCUCCGGUGUUUUCGCAUCGCCCGCGCUGUCAGUCGCUUCGGGCACCAUCAUGGACAUUUGGGACAUGGACGAAGUCUCCGUGGCCAUGUCACUUUUCUGUCUGGCGCCCUUUCUUGGGCCCGUUAUCAGCCCAAUCAUCGCAGGUUUCGCAACCGAAAAACAGGGCUGGAGAUGGGCCACGUACAUUCAGCUAUUUGCUGGUGGUUUGAUCAUGCCCUUGCUGCUGCUAAUGUCUGAGACCCACAAAUCGGUCAUUUUAAUCAAACGUGCUCGCAAGCGGAAGCUCAAUCUCAUUGAGCCCUCAACGCAAGAUAAAAAAGAUUUUAUGAAACUCACUCUGACCAUUACCGUGUUCCGGCCCAUAAAGAUGCUGAUUGUCGAGCCCACCGUGCUCUUUUUCUCGAUCUACGUCGCGUUCAUUUUCGCCGUGUUGUUUGCCUUCUUCGAGGCCUAUCCUGUCAUUUUCCGCGGCGUCUACGGUAUGAGCAUGGGCAUUUCGGGCUUAGCGUUCGUGGGCAUUGGCAUUGGUCUGUGGAUAGGCUCGUUAUUCUACAUUUUCUACGACCGCCGGUAUUUCUUCCCAGCACCACCAGCAGGCACCCCACCUAUGGUAUCCACAACUUCCAAACGUACUGAACCUAUCAGAGGUCACAGAGACCCGGCUACGGGCCACGUCAUCCCACUCAAGCCCGAGAAAUUGCUCGAUAUCUGCAAAAUCGGGUCCAUAGCGUUGCCAAUCAGUUUGUUCUGGAUCGGAUGGACAGGACGUUCCAGUGUCCACUGGAUGGCCCCCAUGGCCGCAGGAGUUCCCUUUGGCUUUGGUCUGAUUCUCAUUUUCUUCAGCGUCAUCAUGUAUUUCUCCAGUUGCUACCCACCAUUGUUCGUAGCAUCCGCAUUGGCCGCCAACAAUCUGCUGCGGUACGUUACCAGUUGUAUUUUCCCAUUGUUCACCAUCCAGAUGUAUGAGAAGAUGAAAAUCAGUUGGGCCAGCUCACUUUUUGGCUUUAUUUGCAUUGCCAUGAUCCCUCUGCCUUGGAUUUUUGCCAGAUACGGCGAAACCAUGCGUGAAAGAUCCUCCUUUGGCUUCAACACUCUACAAAAAGAAGUCGACGACGACAAGUCUUAUAAUCCCGUUUCUACACAUGAGGUCUCCACACUUCGAGAUUCACAAGUGGCUCUGAAUAAAGAGAGUAAAAGCACUGAUCGUGAUGGUCCCGAGCAUGAUGCGCAUUCCUCUCACAGCCAAAACUCCACAACCGUGAAUUCCAAUACUUCGCAACCGGUCCUCAAAGGAUCGUUUUUAUAG